CCAUCUGACAAGUUGUUCACUUUUUAUUUGGUACAAUUUUUUGAAGAAGGUAGCGAAAGGUUAAUAUAUACACAUGUUUGCUAGUUAGAGUUGAAGAGAUCAGGCAGACAACAUUGAACAUGGAUACAACAACUAGGGACACACAGAAGAAUCCAAUUGAAGCUCUGAGUAAAGAUGAACUGAUCAACAAGUACAAAGGACUGCUUGGUAUUGCCAAAAAAGCGAAGCAGGCCAAAGAUGAGCUCACCGAAGAGAAUCGUCAGCUGAAGGAAGCAUUGGCAAAGGCCGCCGCCAAACAGAGCAGUCUUCCCGCAAUGCAGGAGAUGCUGCAGGAUUUCACCGACAAGAACCUUAUUUUAACAGAGCAACUGAGCACCCUUCAGCGCAGGGUCAAAGAGGAUACCGAUCGAUUGGAACAAUAUGAAAUUGAGAACGAGAGCCUUAAACGUCAGCUGGGGCGCCUGAGCGACGAAAAUGAUGAUCUGCUUGCAGACAUUGAGCGAAUGGAGCAGGCUAUGCAGCAGGUUAACGCUCUUGGCAGCGAACAACGCAAGAAUCUAGAACUUCUUGAGUUGGACAUUGCCAAAAUUAAAGAGGCCGAGAGACAUAAUGACAUGCUAAGGCAACAGGCUGAUAGUGCAGCAGAAGAGGCAAAACAACGCGAAUCUGAACAUGCCGAGCUCCAGCAAAAGUAUGAGUCGGUAAAGCAGCUAAACUCGGAGCAGCGAAAGAAGUUUAACUCACUCAAAGAUAGGUUUAUCGAUGUGCAUCGCAAACUCAAAAACCUGAAGGAGUGCAAGUGUGUGCUUCUCGAAACACAGCACGAAUACGCGGCUUCCGUAUCCAAGUGGCAGCAGGAGAUUAUCAAAGCAUCGCAACUACUCUGUGCCAAAAUGACAGCGUUGCAGCAGGAAAAUAUGCAGCUAAAGAACCGGCUAGAGAUGCUUAAAGCAACGAACCAAGUCUCCAGUCAUAACAAGCAGUUAUUGCAAAAAGUUUGUGAGCUAGAGCGUUUGUCCAAGCUGGUAAAGAAGGAGCAUCAGCAAAGUCACCAUCCACAGACGACAUUAGACAUUGAUCGUGUACUUGCCAAGUUGACCUGCGUGGAGCAGCUGGCGAACGUUGUUAGGGGGCAGCAGAUCUCACAGCAAACUGUAGAGACUGUUAGCACUUUCAAUGUUGCCUACUUUAAUUCAAAGCUCAAUCAAAUGCAGAGCUUGACUCAGGCAUUGCGGGAAGAGCGCGGUCGACAAGAAAACUCGUUGAAGAUAAUGGAGCUACAACACGAACGCGAGAAUGCGCAACUGGAGGCGAAUUGUGUGGAGUUGCGCCAGCAGAAUGAAGAUUUGCAAACGCGCUUUCAACUAAAGGAGCACGAACAUGCCGAUUUGCUGGCCGAGAUGCGUGAACUAAAUGAGGCCUUAAAGGCGCGUGGCGAUGUCAUUUCACGUAUGCAGGAGCAGCAUGAUAAGAGUCACAAGGAGUUGCAAACGAUAACAGAGAAUCUAACUGAAAAGUCAAAGCAAGUGGAACAUCUCCAGAGCAAAAUUGAGGAACUGGAGCAACAGGAGCAACUUAAUGGGGACGCACAGAGCGAUGUGCUGUCUACCUCUACCAUUUCACGAGCUGAGGAGCUGAGUCGCUUGCGUGAACUGGACGAUGGAUAUGAGGAGAAGUACAAUAAGUUGCGUGCGCUGGCGGCAAAGUUAAAAAAGAAACUACAGGAACAGACACAGCAAAUCAAAAUCAUGGAGCAAGCAGGAGCAGCUAAACUGGAGACCGAAGUGGAAGCCAUUAAAACAGCGCAGGCGCAGCUUCAACAAGAUUUGAAUGCAGCACGUGCCGAAAACCAAAAACUUAAAUCCAAGGAGAAGUCAAAGAGCUCGAAUGUAUUAAGCCUGGAAAUUGACGCCGCUGAGAAAUCUUUGGCCGAAGUGAGUUCAAAACUAUUGGCCAAGACAACAGAGCUGGAAGCGCUGAGGGACACAUUGAUUAGCAAGGAGAACACCAUUACCCAGCUUCGCCAGGAGAUAAACAUUCUGGAGCAGGCCCAGAACGGGGAGGCAGCACAUAGCAAACAGCUUAAGCAGGAAAUUGAUCGCAUGCAAGCACAGCUAAAGGAUGCUGUGCAUGGCAAACAGGAGGCUCUUUCUGACAAAAAGGCGCUGGAGCAGAGCGUGGAGAAGCAAAAGCUGCAGGUCGAUGAAAUGCAAGUUCAGCUAGCUGAGAACACUCAAAAAUACGAGACCAAGCUCAAGCACUUCCAGGAGCUGCUAACAAACAGCAUACAACAGCUGGAAAUGCGACAGGACGCUUUUAACCAACUGGAGGCAACUUUGCGCCAAGCCGAACGCACCAAUGAGCAGCUCCAAUCGGAGUACUUUGACUACAAGCUAAAGGCACAGUCGGUGCUACGCAAACAGCAAAAUCGUGAUACGGAUAAAGAAAAUUCCCUUGAGGCAGAACUGGCCACGGUGCGUGCUAAUGUUCAGAAACUGCGCACCAACAAUGAAGAGUGUGCACUGCGAAUUACUCAUCUAGAGUCGCAAUUAGAUAAUCUUCAGCGAGACAAUACGAAACUGCUGCGACGCAACCAGGAAAUGAUUGCCAUGGUCGAUGAGAUGCGGGAGCAAAAUGAGACCCUGACAUUGGAAAAUCAGAGACAGCUGCAACAGCAGCAACAGCAACUCCAGCAGCACCGGCUCCAGAUUGAGCAAAUGGACGAUGUGCAUCAAGUACGUGUCGCGCAAUUGCAGCAACAAAUUGAACAGUUUGAAAAGGCGGCCAAUGCCAGUCCGGUCCGCCCCGUAGGACCCAUGACGGCAACUGUAGGUGUCGACUCCACCAGCCCAGAACAGAGUAAAAUUGAUUACCUGUUGGAUCACGAUAGCAGUGGGGAAACACUUGCACAGUUGGCAGCACAACGCAAAAUUUCAACUGCUUCGCGUCGCUCCCACGAUUUUAUGCCACUGGAUGAACUACUGAAUACAUCUAUGAAUGCUAUUAAUAGCGAUACGGUGACAACGAUUUCCCAUUUCGGACGCAGCGUCAGCAUGCAGGACGAUGAUUUAGAGUUGGAUGCAGGAUGUGGGGAAACGCAAGCGGCACUGUUGGCCACCAAAGAGCGUUUGAGCAUACAGGAGAGCCGUGUCCGUCAUCUGACCGCCCUGCUGGCAGAAAAUGAACAGGAUCUAGCCAAGCUGACCCAAAUGAAUGAUAUGCUCAAAGAGGAACUCCGCCGUCAGGAACGAUCCGAAGAACGGGAACAGCACAUGCACAACUCAGAAUAUCUGAAAAACGUAUUCCUAAAGUUUAUCACAUUGACUAAUUCUGAUGAGCGGCAACGCCUGGUGCCAGUACUGAAUACAAUUCUACGGUUGAGUCGCAACGAGGUGGAAAUGCUCAACUGUGUGGCUAAAGGACAGAAAGUUUCUAGUGAGGGUACCAAUCGCAGCUGGACUGGCUUUUUGAGUGCGUGGAGUGGAGGCGGGAACACAGCGAGCAACAAUAAUUAACUGACUCCUGCUAUUUGGCUUUAAUGGUAUUAUACUUACUCGGUAGGGAAGAUGCAGUCGCCCUUAUUGGCUAGUUUAUCUCGAUAUGUACUAUAUAUUGUGUAAAUUUUGUAUAUGGUUGUUUUCACCAAAAUUGUAUUUAUGUAUUUUUAAAACGAUUCUGUUGAACUUCUGAUUUAGUGCUGUCCUUUAAGUAUGUAUAUAACAUAGAGCGCCCUAUACAACACUCUAUAACCAAUAUAUAU